UAAACAUUAGAAGUAGCCAUUGUUUGGUUUUCAGUUUAUGAAUGGAACCAUUAGAAAAGGCAUAAGAAUGUGGGUAAACUACAACUCCCACAAUCUUUUAUCGUUGCUCCCAAACUGUACCAGCACUUGGUCAUGAUGGAUAUGUGUGCCAAGUUUGGUCCAGAUCCAUCAUCGGUGGAGUUCACAGUGCUAGCUGGAUAUGGUUUAACUAUAACCCUCAUCAUCCCAGUUCAGCCCCCUUCCCCCGAGGCCUGUCAGUAAUUAAAGUUGAUCAUGAUGAGUAUGUGUGCAAAGUUUGGUCCAGAUAUAUCAACAGUGAUAUUCACAGUGCACUUUAUAUGUGGGUGAACUAUAACUCUCAUCAUCCUCUGUCAUUGCCCCCCAAACCCCAUCUGUCCUUAAAGUUGGUCAUGAUGAUUAUGUGAGCAAAGUUUGGUUCAGAUCCAUUGAUGAUGGAAGUCACAGGGCUUUCAGACAGAAAAUAUUUAAUACAAAAAAGAUUGGGAAAAGAAUUUAUAACAUCAAAUAGAAUCACGAAAAAUGGUUUAGUAUUAUACAAUAAAGAAACUUGGCAACCCCAACUAAUCAAAGAAGACAAAGAGGGAAGAUAUCAAAUGGUGAUGAUACAAGUAGAAGGCAAAAAGAUUUUGAUAGUCAAUGUAUAUGACCCAAUGAAGAUAAAUCAAAAUUCUUCGAGAGUUAAAAGAAGUAGAAUACUCAGAAUUAUUAAUCCUAGGUGACUUCAAUGUAGUUGUCAAUCCAUCCUUGGAUAGAAAAUCAAGAAAGAUCCUGCAAAAUGGGGAAAGAGAACUCCCAAAAACCUUUUGGAGCUUAUAGAAAUAAUAUGGAAUAAAAAACACAUGGCAAGAAAUGAAGAAAAACAAAAAGGAUUAUACCUUCUCAGAUAGACACAAGGCAUAUUCAAGGAUUGAUAUGAUAUGGAUUUCAAAUUGUUUGAUGGGACUAGUGGAAAAUACAGAAAGACAUCUGAUGACAGUUGCAGACCAUGCUCCAAUCUCAAAUGAGAUUAAAAUUCCAAAGAAACAUUUUGUUUGGAAAUUAAAUGAAUAUCUUUUUUAAAAAAUAGAAAAUGUGCAAAAAAUAAAAGAAUAAAUAAAAUAAUUAUUUAUGAUAAACUAAACGGAAGGACUGUCUACUAAUAUAAUAUGGAAUACAUUAAGAGCCUGUAUUAGAGGAAGAUUAAUACAAUUCAAUGCACACAAAAAUAAACAAAAUAAAAAAGAUGAAUCAAAUCCAAGAAGCAACCUGAUGAACCAACCGGAUCAACCUGAUGAACCAACCUGGACACAGCAUAUUAUUUGAGAACACAGAAAUGAUGGACCACUCUAAACAAAACACUUUGAAAUUGCCAGCAAACCAGGGAAGUGGUUAGUAGCUACAUUUAAAAAGAAAGACAAAAGAAAAUAUAUAACUCUGGCGAAGAGAAAAGGUCAAAUCAAAGGAGACGACAAAGUUAUACAGGAGUUUUUCCUGUACUUCCAUGCAUUUUCCAAGAUUUAUACACUAAGGGAAGACAUAUUUACCAUAUUUACUUGAGUCUAAUGUACCAUUGAAACUAAUGCGCACUUCAAUUUUAAAAACCCUGAUACCAAAAAAAGGGAUUUGCUGCUGGAUGUAAUGCGUAGUGACAAAACAUGCACUCUUUGUAAUUUGGCCAUUACAGUUGCUGCCUCUUUGGAAUUCUUUCUUUAAAAACAAAAGUGUUGGAACAUCAAAGUUUCAGCAAUGGAAAAUAAAACCUUGGAGUGCAUCUAUGAUGCCUUGGUUCAAUGCUAUGGAAUCAUAGAGCUGUGGUUUGACAAGGUCUUGAGCCUUCUCUGCUGGAGAAUUCAGGUGCUUCACCAAACUUCAAAUUCCAGGAUGCCAUACCACUGAACCAUGGCAAUUAAAUUAGAGAUAAUAUCCUUCAAAUGUGAUCUCCAGCUGCUGCUGAAACAGCUUCCCCCUUUGCUUUGGCUCAGCACUUAGAUGACCCAUUAAUGCAAAUCUAAUGUUCACCAUAAUUUUUGCAAGGUAAUUUAGCCAAAAAAAGGUGAGCAUUAGAUUUGAGUAAAUAAAGUUAAAUUUCUCACGGUUUAAUCUACUAACAAUAUUUCCACCUAUCCUUUUCAUUUUUUCCCUAUUUCUUGUUUUCUCUUUUCUCCUUUUUUGUUGUAUAAAUUCAAACAUUUUAAUGUAAAAAAGAGUACAAGAGGAACCCUGCUGUAUGUGACCCAAAGUCUAUCUAGUUCAUUCUGUCUACACAGUUGCCAACUGUGAGAAGUCACCAAGCAUUAUUUUCAUGUAUCCAUCAAUCAGAGAAAAAGUUGGAUGAAACCUUUGGGCUGGUUUCAUACAUGCAUAAACCCUUCCUGGUUUCUUUAUCAUCAUUACCAUCACCACCAUCACCAUCAACCAAUGUAAAGAUUCCACUGAAGAAUAUUAUUCUUGCAGUGAUGUGGAAGCUCUAUCUGUCUGCUUGAUCUGUGAAGCCCAUUCACACAGGCAGGUUGGCGCUUGGUGCUGUAAUCCAUAAGAGAAGGACAUGCAUGUGUGACCCAGCCCCGAGUUCCACCACAGUGCAAGGAAGAGCUGCAGUGAUGUGCUUCAGGAAAGAUUUGCUGUCGAGAUGAAGUGCAGUGUCGCUUUGCGGCUGGCUGCGCUGCACAUACAGGAACGGAUCAUCACUUGCGCUCAGCCACAGAAAGUCUCUCUGAAGUAUAUAGAAAAAGACUGGGGCAUAGAAAACUUUAUCUCACCAACUCUGCUCCGAAACAUGAGAGGCAAGGACAUCAAAAAAGCCAUUAGCUUUCACAUGAAGAGGAAUCAACUUUUACUGGAUCCAAGGCAAAAGCAUCUCCUCUCAGCAGCACAAGUGAGACUGUGCUAUCUUCAGAUUCUUGGAGACCUCAAACUUUAUGGGGGGAAAACCUUCAAUGCAACACUCAUGUUACAGGACAGAGAGUCAUGCGUUACCCUCCUGGUGGGAGCCAAGUAUGGAAUAAGCCAAGUUGUUAACAACAAACUCAACAUCAUAACCAUGUUGGCAGAAUUUGCUAAUAUUAGUAAACUGGAACUUACUGAAGAAUCUGAAAAAGUUAGCAUGGUAAAAAUCUACCUCCAAGAUAUAAAGGUGCUGACCCUGAUGUUGGAAUCCAACAGUGCCAAAGAUCUGGCUUGCCUCAUCAGUGGCUACUACAGGAUGUUUGUCGAUUCGAGCCAUUCCCUAUUCAUCUGGGGGGAGAAAAAGCCCCAAACACACCGCUUCUCAGCUGAGGAAGGAUAUGAAUCGAGAACCUGCAGUGACUCAGAAGACUCUUCUGAACCCGACACUGCUUUGGACCAUUUUUCAAACACACACUCACCCAGACUCAGCCGUCUUGGGCCUCAGUCUAAGGAAGAUGGAGAUCCAGAGGACUUAGAGCAAGAAAGGAUGGCUCUAGGAGGUAAAGGUGAGGGCUUUUGCAAUGGAUACGACAACACAAAUGACAGCUUGUCAGAAGCCUCUGACUCAGCCAACUCGGAAAGCCGAGGGCUUAAGACAAGCUGUUCAAGUGACUCUAUGGAUGCCUUGGAGGAGGAUGAUUUUGAAACUUGCUCGUCAAGCAGACCAGAGUUUUAUCACUUCUACGUUCCCACUCUUCAGGAGCUCACAAGCAAUAGCAAGGCCUUCUUGGGGGCGAACUCAGAAGAGGCACAGGAUUCAUUCUUUUCCUUCCUCCUGCCACCAAGCAUUUCCAGUUCUGAACCUGUGCAGCCAGAAGCAGAAUUCAGAAGAGAAAAUGAAACAAAUGGUUCAGCACUGGCAUCCAAGCUAGCUGAGAACAACGUCAUGGAGUAUUACAGUCUCUGUGCCAACAUCUCCCCAGCCAGCAGUGGGGAGAAGAACCCCCAAAGCAACAGCUCGGAGGGCAGCUCCUUAAAUGAGCAGGAGGAAGAUGAAGGCAUCCACGAAGUUGAGAGACAGAGAUUCCUCUUGGCUCCUCCCCCUGGGUUUGGAGACACCAGUUCAGAUGAAGAGUUUUAUGAUGCCACAGAACGGAUGACGCCAACAGAGAGGAAAGCAGGUUUUGGUGGUCUAUUCCCCAAAAGUGUGCAAGAUUUGAACUCCUCAAAGACCUUGUCCUGUGACAGUUCAGGUGAAAACUUUCUGCCAAGACAAAGCAGAAGGGCAAGAUAUAGACCUGAAAAGGAGCCCCAGCAUGCCAGCAAUCUGAGGAAGAGAAGGUCCUUUCUACAGACUAAUUUCACUUCACAGGUUACUUUUCCUUUCGCUCCCUCUCACUCCCUUGAGAACACUGAUCAUACUUGCUGUGAUGGAGAACCUGUCCUUCCAGGGACACUGUCUUCCCCUGCUGCAAUCUCCUUCAAGGAGCCAAAAAGUGAUUCUGAUCUUUUGGAAACCCAACCAGCUAGUGAAUCAACAGCUUCAUCUGACUCUGUGGACAUAAAGCCAGGUUCAUUAGAAAGUGAGUCAUUCAUGGAUUCAAGUGUGUAUCCUUUUUAUGUCAUUCAUCCCAUGAAAAGCAGAGAAUGUUCAGAUCUCUCCUUCAGCUCUGCUUCCACAGAAAUGGAGGACAAUUCUUUUGCCUCUGCAGAUGCUGCUGGCCACCAGAAUCAUUGUCUGAAUGUGUCCAAAAACCCUGUUCACUUUGAAGUUCUUAAUACCACAUGCGAUGAAAAAACAGAAGAUGUUACAGACACAGUUGGUGGGCUUCAGGAGCAUUGUUCUGCAGAUACAGAGCAUCAUAUACUAAAUGGAAGCUUAGGAACAGCAAAAGCCUCACCUGAAACAGGAGUCAGUUAUGUAUUGAUUGAGGAAAUAAUACACACAACUACCAAAUCUUCCCAGUUCCUUAACAACCACCCAGACAAACAGUUGCCUUGUGCUUCAGACCAGGAUCAUCUUUCUGCUGAGAAAGUGGAAAAACAGGAAGAACCUGAGCAAGAUCCUCACCAAAUGAAACCCAUCUUGUGUGAGCCAAGGCAGCCAUGUGCCAACUCAGUACUCCAUAACAAUACCAGUGGUGUGCCAAGAGAAAAUUCCUCACCUGAAGGCAACAAACAGUUCAAUUUCUCAAAUACAACUGAGCAGUUUUCUAACAUGGAUGGUGGUUUGGGGACAGCAACACAUCUCUCUAGGCUCUCUUUUAGUUCAACGGUUGAGCAUGCAAAAAUAGGCCAGCAGACAGAUAAAACACACCAGGCUAACACUAACCCAAGUACCUCAUCGGCAAAUCAGGAUCCACCUCAUUCAUCAGCCAUGUCUGUUCCUCGGAACAGGUAUCUGCUUACAGAAAUGACUGAUGGCCAAACUCUGGAGAAGAAAAAUUACACAGGUGAUACUCUUAAUAUGGAUUAUAAUUAUAAAUUGCCUAGUGCGUUAACUGUUGCCAAGGAAGAAAAUAUGGAGCAGAGAAAAGCUGGCAGUUCAAAUGGACUCAGCUACUUUUCAUUUAACGUUCCGUGUAAGUCUGCAGGGACCAAUGAGGAAAGCAGUAUUUCAGAUCAGUCAUUUCUUUGUUCUGAGAACUCAACAAAAAAUGUUACGGCAUCUAGCAAUUUCAGUUCUCCAAUUUUAAUGCACAAGAAGGAGUCAGUUUCACCAAAAUCUAAGAGGGACACGUGUAGUUGCCAGUUGACUUACACAAGUUGUUUCCACGGUCAAGACAACGAGACAGAACUAGACUGCACCAAACCCACUACUUGCAGUAGGUCUGAGAGGCCAUUAACAACCCCACCAUUGACAAGAAGCCCACUGCCUCUAGGCUUUAAUUCUACAAGACUUACGCAAGAAUAUAGCUAUGUUAAUGGUACCUCUAAAGAAUGUAGAAAUAACACGUGGGUUACAGACUCUCAUAUCAAAGCACUGAGCUAUAUGAAGGAGAAAAUAUAUGCCACACCAUUUGAUUUUAGACAUUUGUUAGACAAUGUGGUGGAGCUGCAGGGAAUUUUGGGACAGUUUUGGGGAAAUAGAGUAAAGCAUCCUCGAGAGAAAUGCUCCUCUCACUUUUCAGAAAACAAGAACAUCUUGUACAUGGAAUCACAAAGGCUGAUGUCUUGCUGCCAGAAAGUUAUCAGAACACACGGAUUUUCUUCAGAGGCACACAAUACUCUUCGGGAGACCUUCCAGAUCCUUCUCCAACUCACAGAAGCAUGCUUUCAGUUUACAAACUGUGGCCUGUGCUGUAGGAGGCACAAAGACCUGAUAAUCAAUCUCAAGGAUGUUGUCUAUAGCUAUCAUCAGUUUGUCCAGGCAGCUAAGCAAGCCUGUGAUAGAGACUCUCCCAAUGUGAGCAUGAGACUCCUGGUGUGCCAGUACACUGCUUUGAGUGCAGCCCUCUUCUGCCUUGUCCAACAGUUCAGAGCUAUGUCCUGUGUGUGAGAUGGAGAUACUGUCCAGAUGCUUCUCCGGCAUGCUGCUAUCUUGUCCUUUAAUGGGGAAGAUCCAGCUAAGUUGUCUGUUGUUUGUUCAGCCCAUGCUCCCUGUAAACAUAGUGGGUGUGUAAGAACUAUGCAGAACCAUAUAACUCAAUGGGUUGUGCCCCCUCUCUAAUGGAUAUUUUCAUGGCUUAAAUGAGGUGACAUCAACAGGAUGAGUCAGAGAAACAUGCCUUAUGAUAUACCAUUGUACAAAUAACAUAGUGUUGUCAAUUCGCUAAAGUUUCAAGUUGGAUUUUUUCAUAGCUCUAGUGACCUUCCAUCCAAAUAUUAAUCAGGCCCAAUUGUUUAACUUUUGAAAUCUGACAAGAUCAAUUGAAAUUGGGGCAAUAUGCUCACGUUGCAUCCUCUUUCGGUGCAUGCUCAAUAUGCUUUGCUCCUGUUCUAUUGUUACGGAGCACAAGAGAUUAAUCUCUUUUGCAUGACUCAGGGUCCCUUUCAGUGUGAACAACUGCAAUUGAUACAUGCAUGCAGUAGCAAAUGCCAGUUUGUCACUAAUCAUUAAUGCUUUCUCAAUCUGUGAGAAUGCGGACUUGAAAAUAGGUUUGGUGUGUGUUUGCUUAUGGAAUAAUUAAUUACGUUUGAAGAAAGCACACACCGGCUCCUGUGCCCUUUGCACUGAAACCUGGCUCCUGAUGUAUGAGCCAGUGUUUCUCAAAUUCAGCUCUUCCAGGUGUUUUGGACUUGGGCUCCCAGUUUACCAGCUGUUAGGAAUUGUGGAAGCUGAAGUCCAAAACAUCAGGAGGAGCAGUGUUUGAGAAACACUGGUAUAAACAAUGUAAAUAGAUGUCCAGAGACAGCCAUGGCGGAUCAGGACUAGGUGUGCCUUUUAGGUUAAUUGCUCUCCAAACUAUCUGUUCUCCAUAUUAGUCUCUUCUUAGUCCUGAGACUUACAGAUGCCAUGUAGGAGAAGUGCUAGCUGUGAAGAUCCCAAGAUGAUUUCGAACUUCAUGAGCCCAUCUUUAAGUGCCAGAAUGGGGAGCACAGAAAGUUUGAAUCCAGGCAUCAUUUCUCAUUAGACUUAGGUCCUUUCUUUUGAAAUGUAUUCUGUUAUCAAGAACCGUUCCCAAAGCAACAAGCAAACAGUGUGUUCAGUGGUCUGCCUUUUCUGUUCUCUUUCCACAAGCUGUGGGUGUACUGAAAGGCCAGGCCCACAGAAUAUUGGAUCAGUUUAUGCAGUGGUGGAUCUGAAGUGAAUGUAAUCUUAGUGGUUUUUCUCUCUCCUUCCUGUCUCAGGUAUGGAAUAAGUUGUUGUCUGUCAAAGUCUGUGCCACAAUAAACCAGUUAGUUUUGCCAUA